AUGGGUGUCCGUACACGUCGAAAGGCCGUCUUCGCCUUGGUGGUCUGCGGAGCCUGCUGUCUUUCCUGGAGGCAUGGCACACGCACCAGCCUCACUCGGCACGAGAGCUUCGUGCCUGGCCUGACAAGCCUUGAGACGAAGAGCCGGCCCGACACACAUGAACAUGCCGCGGCUGACCUCGAUGCGGUCAAGACAGCUGGACCUGCGCCUUCCGGCGCAGCUGCCCAGGUUUCCAACCCCAUGGAAAGCGAGUUGCUUUGGAAGUGUGUCAGCAUGUUCAACGCCAUGAUGUGGGGAGGUAGCAUUGUAUCAUCCAAAGCUGGCAUUGAUGCGCUGGCAUCUGCUGGCUUUGAGGAGCCUGGUGUGCUUUUUGGAGCACUGCGCUUCACCGUUGCCACGCUGUGCUUGUCGCCCUGGCUUUUCUCUUCCAGUUCGCUGCAGAGCACGCUCGGCUCCUGCAAGGUUGGGGCCUUCUAUGGGGCAGGAUACGUGGCAAUGUUCCUAGCCCUGGGAUUGGGAACUACGGCAGCGAAGACCUCCUUCUUCGGCUCGCUCCAAGCCGUCGUCUGUGCAGGAAUCACCUGCAUCGUUACGGGGCGAUUGAAUAUGGGCACCCUGGCCGCGGCCGUAAUCGCCGUCACAGGAGUCGCAAUCCUGGAAUUUGCCGGCGGUGGCUCACUGGAGUUGGGCAUCGGUGACCUGGUUUGUAGCCUGGUUCCGCUCUCCUUCGGCGCAGGAUGGUACGUGCUUGGCAGAACGAUGAAAGAUCAUCCACAGGAUACGCUACCCUCGACGGCAAUUCAGCUUGCAAUGACGGCCCUGGCGAAUGUCGGCUGGCUCACCUGGCAGAAGGGUGGGCUCGCGGCUGCGGAGCUGGGCAUGCAGCUCCCACAGCUUCUCCAGGCGCCGGGUCUCCUCGGACCUCUCUGCUUCUCAGCGCUCGUGGGCAACGUGCUUACCAUGUGGCUGGCCAACGAAGCCCUCCGCAGGGUCAAGGGCUCCGAUGUGGCUCUCAUUGCAGCCUCCGAGCCACUCUGGGCGGCCGUGGCUGCCAUGGCGCUUCUGGGUGACGUGCUGCAGCCCCAUGAAAUCCUCGGAGGAGCUUUGCUCAUUGGAGCCGUUGUGUGCAAUGAGACUUGGGCACAGGAACCGGUCGCAGACGGUGACGGCGUGGACGCUCCUGAUGCUGAUUCGGACCGCGCGGCGCGGUCUCGAACCCUCUCCGCCCCAUACCUGGCCCGGCUGGUGGCCGUUCAGCUCCGCAAGGGGACCAAGCUGGUGCUGCCCACGGCCCGAGCCGCAAGCCCAUCGCACCCCCGCGACAGGCACUGA